CUUUCAUUUCGAAGAAGAAAAACAUGACUGAGGUGGGAACGGCAUUUCUCUCUGCCCUCCUUGGAGUCGUAUUUAAUAAAAUGACCUCUCCAGAGGUCGUUGGUUUCUUUUGCAGAAAAAAAUCAACCAAAAAACUCUUAGAAAAGAUAGAGAUAUCAUUGCGGUCAAUGAAUAUGGUACUGGAAGACGCGGAAGAAGGGGAAGUUAAGAAUGAUAACGUGAAAAUGUGGAUUGAUGACCUAAAAGAUGUUGCCUAUACUGCAGAAGACAUAUUAGAUGAGAUUGCUACUGAAGCCCUCCAACGCCAGUUGCGUGCUGAAUUCAAACCCGUUGCAGGAAAGGUACGAAACUUCAUCUCUAGUACUUCCCUUGAUCCUUUUAUCCAUCGCCUAAAGCCAAAGAUUCAAGAGGUACUUGAAAGACUAGAACAUCUAGCAAAACAAAAGGAUUAUAUGGGUCUACAAGUAGGAGUUAGAGAAAAACAAUAUCCUGAAAGGUUGACCACUUCUUCUGUUAGAGAGUCCGACACUUUUGCUAGGGAUGAGGAUAAGAAAAAAAUAAUUGGCUUAUUGCUCUCAUCUGAUGCCGAGGACAAUGAAAUGUGCGUGAUUGCCAUCGUUGGCAUGGGGGGAAUCGGCAAGACUACCCUUGCUCAACUGGUAUACAACGAAAGUAGGGUGAAACAACAUUUCGACCUUCAAAUAUGGUUUUGUGUUUCAGAAGAAUUUGAUGGGCUCAAGAUAAUGAAAUCAAUUAUAGCUCAGGCUGCAACUUCGUCAGCUCGUUUUACUGAGGAUCCAGAGCAGCUUCAAGUUACACUAAAGAACAAUUUGAACGGGAAGAAAUUUCUUCUUGUUUUAGAUGAUGUUUGGCAUGUGAAACCCAUUCAUCGGGAGUUCCUAGGCCAACUCUUGCAAUAUGGGGCUCGAGGAAGUAAGAUCCUUGUCACCACAAGGAAUGAAAGCGUUGCAUUGGCAAUGAAGGCAACUGAAACUCAUCAUCUAAAGCUAUUACCAAAGGGUGAUUGUUGGUCACUUUUUGAAAAACAUGCAUUUCGUAAUGGUAUCUCUAACGCAGAUUCAAAGAUAAAAGAAAUAGGUACACAAAUUGUGGAAAAGUGCAAAGGUCUACCUUUAGCAAUCAAAGCCAUUGGCAAUCUCUUGUGGUCUGAAUCAAAUGUGGAGAGAUGGACGAAUAUAUUGAAGAGCAAUUUAUGGGAUCUUCCCAUGGAGGGGACACACAUUCUUCCGGCUUUGAGGUUAAGUUAUAAGUAUCUCCCCUCAAAUUUAAAACGAUGCUUUGCUUAUUGUUCUAUAUUCCCAAAAGAUCAUAUUUUUGAGAAAGAUGAAUUAGUUUUGUUAUGGAUGGCGGAAGGCUUCUUGCAACAAUCCGAAAUAGAAACUAUGGAAGAAGUUGGCAAUCGUUACUUCGAUGCUCUUGUAUCAAGAUCAUUAUUUCAACAAUCAAGUCGUGUAACUAACUCAGGCUUUGUAAUGCAUGAUCUUGUCAACGACUUGGCAAAUUCCGUGGCUGGGCAAUUUGGCACUGAUAGUAUAAAAAAAAUUGUGAAGGUGACUCGCUAUGUAUCGGAUUUCAGCAAAAGUUGGGGUACAUUCCAGGAUAUUGACGAUGAUCUUUUAAAGGCUAAACGAUUGCGCACUUUCCUUGCAUUAGAUUUUUCAAGAGUACGGUAUUGGGAAAACAAAAUACCAAGGACAAUAUUGUGCUUAAGAGUUCUCUCCCUAGUCAGAAUAGGCAUUGGGAUAACUAAGCUGCCUGAUUCAAUUGGCAAGAUGAAAUAUCUACGUUAUUUGGAUGUUUCUUGGGCAGAAUUUAACAGGUUGCCCGAUUCCAUAUGUGAUUUGUGCAAUUUGCAAACUCUGAAGUUAACAGGUUGUUAUAAUUUGGAUAGAUUGCCAAAAGAUAUGUGGAAACUCAUUAAUUUACGUCAUCUUGAAAUUGAUCGAACUGACAAUUUAAAGGAGAUGCCGAUAAAAAUGGAUAGAUUAAAUUGUCUCCAGACGUUGCCAAAAUUCAUCGUCAGCAAACAUGACAGUGCCAGUGGGUCUAGCAUUGGAGAAUUGGGAAAACUAAAAAAUCUUCGAGGAAAGCUUUUAAUUCAAGAGCUCCAAAAUGUUGGAUCAGCCGAUGAUGCUUUGGAUGCAAGCUUGAAGGAUAAGGGUUACCUCGAGAAGUUGGUGUUAGAAUGGAAUAUUGCUCUAGAAGAAGUACUUGGUAUUUCAGAAAGUCAAAGAGGUGUACUUGAAAAUCUGCAGCCCCAUGUGAACUUGAAUAGUCUCUCCAUCAACUGCUACAGCGGGAACGGUUUUCCUGAUUGGAUAGGAGGGCUUACUUCAUUGUCUGAGUUGAAUUUAUUUGAUUGCAAAUAUUGUGGUGCCUUGCCACCCCUUGGGUACCUACCUUUUCUUGAGAAACUCUACAUUCAUGGGCUGGAUGGAGUUGUUACUGUCGGUCCAGAAUUUUAUGAAAAUAGUAGUAAUUCUUCAAUGAAGCCAUUUGGAAGUUUGAAAUUUCUGACAUUCAAGAAUAUGUCAAAUUGGGAAAACUGGCUUCAUUUGGAUGCAGAAAAUGAAGUUGAAACUUUUUCUCAACUUGAAGAGUUGUAUAUUAAGAACUGCCCCAAGCUGAGAGGAAGGUUGCCUGUAUAUCUUCCUUCGUUAGCCAAACUUGAGAUCUAUGAUUGUAAGAAGUUGGUGCUUCCCAUGCACCGGCAAUAUUCAUCCCUUGAAGAAUUGUACUUGAAGGAUUGUUGUGAUUCCCUGACGUCUAUUUCAUUAGACCUAUUCCCAAAUUUGAAGAGUAUUCAAAUCUAUAGGUGCAAGAAAUUGAAAUCUCUAGAACAACAUGGAGGUGAUUUAGUGAUAACAAAAAUUGUAAUAUGGGGAUGUCCUAAUUUUGUAUCUUUUCCAAAAGGAGGAUUGCAUGCCCCUAACCUCGAAACGUUUUCCCUCGAAUGUUGUAAGAGCUUGAGGUCAAUGCCGCAUAAGAUGCACAUAUUCCUUCCGUCUCUUCGUUAUUUAGAGUUAGAAAAUUGUCCAGAAGUUAAGUCAUUUUCAAAAGAGGGACUCCCUUCCAAUAUGGAGAAAAUUGUGAUAUUGGCCUGUAAGAAACUCAUUGCUAACCGGAAGGGAUGGGGUUUGCGAACACUCCCCUCUCUUAAAUGGUUGGAAAUCGGCGACUACAAAUUAGAAGAUCAUGUGGAGUCCUUUCCUGGGGAGCUGUUGCUACCCACCACCCUGACCAAUCUUCGGAUCAAAUCAAUUAGAAAUUUGAAAUCAUUGGACAAUGAGGGGUUUCAACACCUCACCUCCCUUGUACAAUUGCGGAUCCAUGGCUGUCCAAACCUCAGGUACAUGCCAGAAGAGGGCUUCCCUGCCUCCCUUCAUUUUUUAGGGAUAAUGAAAUGUCCUGUGUUGGAGGAAGAGUUGGAAAGUAAAAAUGGAAAAGAAUGGCUCAAGGUGGCUCGAGUCCCCAACAUAAAGAUUGAUGGCAGACCAAUUCAAGGAGACGAUGAAUGGAAUACAGGUGAGAGCUCCAUGCAACCUCAAAGCUUUUAAUUAAGUUAUAAGAUCAAAUUUUCUUAAACAAUAAUAAAAGUAAAAGUAAAUGAAAUAUGAUUUGGCAUUAUAAUGUGUAAGUUGAUGUGAGCAUUGGGAAUUGUUUUGCUGAUUUCUUUAUUAACUC